CUGUGAAAAACCCUUGUUCACCCAUAAACAUUUUGUUUUUUGCAGAAAUCCCGAAAUAGUCUUUCUCUCUGGCGUCACUGAGGCUAUUAAAGAUCCUGGAAAUGGAGUCAAACGACGCAGCUCGAGGAGGCUGGAAAAAUAAAUCCGCUCACCAGAAGAGCAAGUUCAACGUUAUAAUGCGUCAGGAGGAGCUCAUAGCGCAGAAAAAGCGAGAAAUCGAGGCCAAGUUGGCUGAACAAGCCAAAAAAAACCCGUCAACACCCAGCAAACCACCACCACCAGCAGAGAGUCCCGCUGAGCCGCAGGGACAGACCCCUAACAAGUUUGUAAAUGAUGGAAGCUUUCUCCAGCAGUUUCUAAAGAUGCAGAAGGAGAAAUCCAACCCGAAUUCAGCACCCAGCAGUGACUCUGGAGGAACCUCAUCUUCAUCACAGAGCCAGAAGAAAAACAUCCUGGUUGGGAAACGGCCCGGUUUGGGUGUCUGCAGCAUGCUCAAUCAGUAUAAGAGCUACUCCCAGACCAAAAAGACUCCGCUACAGAUCCCUCGCCCGAGUGUCUUCAGCUCGCCAGACGACGAUGAAGAGGAGCACAUCGAUGAUGCGCACUUCCUGGAGGUUAAAGUUUCCCCCCCAGAGGACGAAGACAUGGCCCACAUUAUCAACCGGCUGGCUGCUUUCAUUGCCGAAGGCGGGCCAGAGCUUGAGCAGAAAGCUUUGGAAGACUACAAGGACAAUCCCAUGUUCUCGUUCUUAUACGAGAGGGACAGCAGGGAAUAUCUGUACUUUCGCAAGAAACUAGCAAAGCUUAGGCAAGAGAACCACGGCUCGUGUAUGCCACCUGCUGUCUUCUUCUCAGUGGACGAGGACACCAAGAAGGUGGCGGAGAAGCUGGCCCGUUUCGUAUCCGACGGAGGGCCAGAGGUGGAAGCCAUCGCUAUCAAACACAACCACGACAACCCCAACUUCAGCUUCCUUUAUGACCACCAAAGUCCAGCUCACCGCUUUUACAAGUCCAAAGUGGAGGAGUACCGUCAGGCCAAAAGCCAAUCUGCACCUCCUUCGAGUGUCGAGUCCCCUUCAGGCACCAAACGCCCGGUUGCGAGUCCACCAGCUGCAGCACCAGAUACCUACAGCUACAGUCCAGCCCAGUCAGAGCAGAAUCAGGACAGCGCUUCUACAUGUGCCAAGCGCAAGAGGAAGAGUCGCUGGGGGUCCGAGUGUAACCGAGUGGAGAUGCCGCUCUCUUCUGUCAUCAUGCCUCAAAUGGUUAAGCCAGAUCCUGAUGCUCCCUCGCUGUCUGAGCAGGAACUGAUUGGAUUGGGUUAUAAGAAAGGGAAGCCGGUCGGUCUGGUGGGAGUCACUGAGCUCUCAGAGGAUCAGAAGAAACAACUCAAAGAACAACAGGAGAUGCAGGAGAUGUUUGACAUGAUCAUGAAGCACAAAAAGGCGAUGCAGGAGAUGCAGCUCAUGUGGGAGAAAGCUGUGCGGGAUCACCAGCACGAGUACGACAGCGAUGAGGAGAUCGACACCAGGAACGGCACCUGGGAACACAGACUCCGGAAGAUGGAAAUGGAAAAAACAAGGGAGUGGGCCGAGCAGCUGACUGAUAUGGGGAAAGGAAAGCAUUUCAUCGGUGACUUUCUGCCGCCUGAUGAGCUGGAGAAGUUCAUGGAAACAUUUAAGGCUCUGAAGGAAGGUAAAGAUCCAGACUACUCGGAGUAUAAAGAGUUUAAACUGACUGUAGAGAACAUCGGCUUCAAGAUGCUGAUGAAGAUGGGCUGGAAGGAGGGAGAGGGUCUGGGCUCUGAUAGUCAGGGCAUCAAAAACCCUGUGAACAGAGGCACCACGGCAGUAGAUGGAGCAGGCUUUGGUGUGGACCGACCUGCUGAAUUAUCCAAAAACGACGACGAAUACGAUGCUUUCCGCAAGAGAAUGAUGCUGGCUUACCGUUUCAGGCCCAACCCUUUGAAUAAUCCAAGGAGGCCUUAUUACUGAAGAUGAUGUACUACGCUGUAUUUAAAAAAAUAAUAAUAAUCAUGUCUGGCACCUUUGCUGCAGUCUGUAGUUUAAAACACGCCCCUUGUAACAUGACAAGCAUUGUAAUGUUUGUCCGAACAUCAAAUUUGUUCAUUUUUAAAAUUCGGUUUAGUCAAUAGUCAUCAACUUGAUGGGGAUAUGGUUAAAAUGUUCAUUUUUUUUUUUUCAAUUUCUAUUUAGAAAUCUUGACAUUAUCAAAUCAAUGCGAUUACGAUCCUGUUUGUUUUGUUUGUUCUCAAAACAUCUUGUAAUUGUGUCGUAUUGGUCCCAUUAAAGUUUUAUUGGUCCUCUAA